GAAAAGAUAACUCGUGAGCAAUUUUGUCGAAUGCAGCCAGUCAUAUCACAAAAUCUGCGAACUUAUACUGUAUUGAUAUCUCAGUUGAUGGAAUAAACAUAAUUGAGUGGUCAACGCAGUACUGAAUAAUGUCUCAGACGACCCCGGCUAAACCCAGUCCAUUGUAUGAAAAUCAACGACUGAAUUUGUCUAAAUUCCUUUUGGACGUAAAACAUUUUUCAUCAAAAGAUGAACAGGCUAAAGCAGAAGAUAUGUAUAAACAACUAAUGGGAAAAGAAAAGGAACUGAAAGACAUGCUUAAAGAGAAGGUACCUGUGUCUGAUAUGCCAAGAAAUUUUACUUUGAAAGAUUUCACUGAUCAAGUGAAAACCAACUCUUUGACUAAAGCCUUGAAACUACACUUUAAUAAUGGGAGAAAUGAUAGAGCAGCUUGGGAUUACAUAACCUUGACUCAGUCUGCUAUGGAGCUGGAUGAACGCAAAAAUCAAGCAGCACCAACAGAGACUGCUAAAAAGACACAAGUUAAUCCUAACCCCAGUGAAAAAGAACCAACACCAGGCACAGCUGGUGACCCAUCAGAAACAGAUGCACCAAUGGAUACUGAUAAUGUUGAAGACAUGUAUGGGUUUGGGUAUGAAGAAGAAAUGGAAGAUUUUAAAAAAUCAGUCAUCUUAAGUUUGAUUUGGAUGAAUCAUGAUUAUUUUGACUCAAAGAUUUUGUCGAAGGCACAAGGCGAAUACAAAUAUUACAAGAUGUUAGAAAGGGAAUGGAAACAACAGAAAAAAGGAGAAAUGAAGGAUGGGUCUGUAGCCCAGUUUAAAGAAUUGCCCAAAAACAGACCAAUAUAUGCAGUUAUUACUACAAUACUGGAUCAGGCAAGGAAUACUGAUCAUGCAAAGGCUGCAGCAGGGGAAUAUGUUAGACUGAGGAACAUGGAAAAAACAAUGGCAACAAAGCAGAUUCCAAAAGAUAUUGAAUUAGAUGAUAGAGAUCCAAAUUCUACCCUUAAAAAGAUGGCUGAAAGAUACAGAAUGCCUAGCAGUCGUUCCUUCAGACAGGCCGCAGAAUUUAAAAUGGUUCCUUUGGAAGAAUAUAAACAACUUAGAGGAACAAUAGAACAUCAAAGAAACCAGAUUUCAGAAUUAAGCAGCAGGUUGAGUGGAAUCACAAGCCAGCAAAUAGCAGAUGGAGAAAUAUUUACAGAGAUUGGAGACCAAAAUAAACCAAGAAGGCUUGGUCAGAGAUUCUCUGAGGUGUUUGAGGAUACAUGGUCAAAUGCUUAUGAAGUACUGAAACCUAAAAAACCUGAAAGUAAGAAAGAGGAUGAGAAGGAAGAAAUGGAUGAGAAAACAAUUGAUAUUUUACAAAAUGUUGUAAAGGUGAUUUAUGAAUUCUGUAAGAAGACUGCUGAUAAUCAGGUCAAUAAACUCAUGAUGGGAAUGGUUCCACCCAUAUUUGAUCCAAUGAAUACAAAGAAAGAGCCAAAAACAGAAGAUAAAGAAACUAUCACAAAAACAGAACAAAUGGCUCAAGACUACAGAAAAGCUGUUGCCCCAGCAACCAUUCCUAUCCUCAAACAGAAUAUUCUAACACAAGAGUUGCAGUGUAAGGUACUACCAGACAUAUCUAUAGGCAAAGAACUCAAAGAAUAUGUUGAUAACUGCGUAAAUCUUAUUUGGUAUAUGUGUAUUCAACAACCACCGAUGGAAAUAGUCUGGGGAAAACGUGGUGAAAAAUUUAAUAAGGAAAUGUUCCGUUUCUCAGGAAAGAAAGGAACAAAGUUUAGGCUUACGGUCUGGCCUGCAGUUUUAUUUCAUAAAGAGGGACCUUUAGCUGCACCAGGAUAUGCAGUUCCAGAAUAAAUAAAGAACAAUAGUAUAGUUGGUGAAUUUUUCAUAUGAAUUCAAUACUAGACACAAUUGCUGUGAUUAUACAUGUAUAUGUAUUUUUUUUAUUUCAAGGGAUAAUAAAACAUCUGUAUAAAUAG